AUGGUCCGACGGUCGCACGGCGACGCGUACGCGCUGCUGGGAGUGUCGCACGACGCGUCGCUGGCGCAAGUGAAGGCCGCCUACCGUCGCCUGGCGCUCAAACUUCGGGAGGAGGAAGCGAAAAGCAGGAAGGGGGAUGAAGAGAAGGAUGGAGAGGAAAGAAGUAGUGGCUCUUUGUCAAAUCAUAGACAGAGUAGCACGACUAGAGGAACCAGCAGUGGUACCAGCAGCAGUGUUGGUGGUGGGAGUGGGAGUGGGAGCGGGAGCGGGGUACCUUCCCUGGACGGGCUUGGAUUCGGCAGGGGACCAAUAGGAGCAGCGAUCAGCCACGCCCUAACAAGCAACAGUAGCAGAACAUCUGAGAUUCAGGAAGAGGGAAUCCAAAGACAGAGUGGUAGCGAUGGCAGUGCUGGCAGUAGUGACAGGAGAAGCAGUACCAGCUGGUGGAGUAGCAUGGGGGGUGGCAGCAGAGGAGGGCCGAGGGGGCCAAGCCGAGUGGUGGAGCCGACUGCUGAUGAGGAGAAGCGGCAAAGGAUUGCGAGAAUUUUGCUGGAGCGAGCUCGAAAGGCGCAGGAGGAUGGGGCAGAGGAAGAGGUGCGCUGA